GACAGUCUGUGAUUCAAACGCGAACAUGAAAGUACUAGCUCUCCUGACUGUCGCCCUCUUUGCAGGUGUGGCCUUCUCGGCACCCCAGUCUUCACGUAUCGUGGGUGGAACUAAGACUUCUAUUGAGAAGUUCCCCUCUAUCGUCGGUGUUGAAUUUUUCGGCGUCAUUACUAGGACCUGGUCUCAGUCCUGUGCUGCCAAUAUUUUGACCACGAGAUAUGUUCUGUCUGCUGCACACUGUUUCCGUGGCCUCUUGUACAGGCCAAGCUACCGUCGCAUCAGGGCUGGCACUUCCUACCGUAACACUGGUGGUAUUGUGUCUUACGUGGAGACAGAAUUUAACCACCCCAGCUACGGCUUGAACGGUGCUGAUGGCGACAUCUCAGUAAUUCGUCUGAGCACUCCCUUAGUAUACAGCCCCGUUGUGCAACAAGCAACUAUUGUCGCUCAAGGAUACAAGAUCCCUGACAACAUGCCUGUUGUCCACGCUGGAUGGGGUAGGAUCGAAUACGGAGGUGAUUUGUCUCCCGUACUCCUGGAGACCACUAUCCUCACCAUCAAUAAUGAGCUGUGUGCUGCUCGCUACCUGACUCUGCCCAGACCAGGAAUUGUUACUGAGAACAUGAUCUGCGCUGGUAUUCUUGACGUCGGAGGCAAGGACGCUUGCCAGGGUGACUCUGGUGGUCCUCUCUACUUCUCAGACAUCCUCGUCGGUGUUGUAUCUUGGGGUCAUGAAUGUGCUAACGCCACUUAUCCAGGAGUCAGCACUGCCGUGAGCUCCUACACUGAUUGGAUCGCGGCUGCUGUUAGCUAAAUAAAAGUAAAAGCGCCCACGUAAUUUCAUUUUAUUUAUUUGUAUCUAAUGUGUGUUAAUGUAAAAUUUUGUUAUGUUAUGUGUUGUAUAUAAAUCAAUAAAUGUAAGAUAUUACUAAAUUAAACUGUGUAUGAAUAUGUGAAACUUGUCCAUGCUAUUUAUUUUUGGUUUCCCACACCUUGUCGUUAGUCGUAGAAUUCUUAAGUUUCACUGCAAUUUUAUGAAAUAAAUAAUUGAUUGUAAAGUUAUCGCUUGAGGAGUAGUAGUUAUCAGCGAU